AUGGAUGAGUCAAUCUCUUUGGAGCUUCCUAAACGAAGUCAUCAUCAAAUCUGGUUUGAAACAGCUUUGCUUCUUGUCAUCAACUUGACAGCUUUCCUUGGAAACCUCUCUGUUUGCUGCGUUGUGUACAGAAAUCAAAGACUUCGCACGAUUCCAAACAUGUUUGUUUUAGCCUUGGCUUUGAGCGAUAUCCUAAUAUCCACCUGCAAUAUGCCUUUUUCGAUCGUUACUUUGCUUCGUGGGGAAUGGAUUUUCGGGUCGCAUUUUUGCCGUUUUCACGGCGUGACCUUUUUCAUGUUUUCAAUGGUUUCACUUAAUACGAUGGGAAUAAUCGCCGUGAGCAGAUAUUAUUGCGUGGUAAAGCCACACAAGUACCCUAUGUUAUUUUCCAAACGAAAAAUUUUGGCCUAUAUUGCCAUUGUGUGGUUUGCAGCAUUGGUUGGAAUAACGCCUCCGCUUUUUUUCGAUGGCUACAGGUUUAAACCAGGCCAAGCAGUUUGUAUGUACGCAUUCGAAACAAACGUUGCUUUUACUGUCUUUGUUGAAUGUGUGUAUAUAGCAACGCCCUUAGCAAUCAUCACAAUCUGCUAUGUCAAAGUAUUCUACACAGUUUCACGAACAAAUCUUGUCUUCCAGCGAGAAAAUAACCCCGAGCAGCUCAGAGCUAACGUAGAAGAGGUGAAAGUGACCAAAACAUUGGCGGCGGUGAUGGCUGGCUUUGCAUUUUGCUGGAUUCCUAUCUCCAUAAUGGAUUAUAUUACUGCCGUGCGUGGGGAGUCCACACUACCGCGUCAGGCCUAUCUAACAUACGGGUACUUGGGUUAUUUGAGCAGCACCAUUAACCCAUUCAUAUAUGGUGCUACCAACAGGCGCUUCAGGCAAGGGUAUGGAGCAGUUUUGGGCAACCUGCCAAAUUUGUGUUCGAAAUGCUGUCGACCUUCAAACUCGGCUGAAAGAGAAUAA